AUGACGCAGCUGUUUCUUCUCGUCGGCGCAGGUCAGUCCCUGGUUCGUCUCAGCAGCCCUCGCUACAAGUUCAACUUCAUCGCUGACGUAGUGGAGAAGAUUGUGCCUGCUGUCGUCCACAUCGAGCUGAUUGUGAGACAUCCCCUGUUUGGUCGCCACAUGCGUCUGUCCAGCGGUUCUGGUUUCAUUGUGACCCACUCGGGUGUGAUCGUGACCAACGCUCACGUGGUAACCACGGCGGCCACGCUGAGCGGCAGGCCGCAGCUGCGCGUUCAGCUGCACGAUGGCGAUGCGUACGAGGCGGUGGUCAGAGACGUGGACAGGAAGGCAGACAUUGCCACCGUUAAAAUCAACCCUCAGAAAAAGCUCCACGUGCUUUCUUUGGGCCCUUCAGCUGAUCUCAGACCAGGAGAGUUUGUGGUUGCCAUCGGCAGCCCGUUCGCUCUGCAGAACACCGUGACGACCGGCAUCGUCAGCACCGCCCAGAGAGACGGCAAAGAGCUGGGCAUCAGGGACUCUGACAUGGACUACGUCCAGACCGACGCCAUUAUCAACUACGGUAAUUCUGGAGGACCUCUCGUGAACUUGGACGGUGAGGUCAUCGGCAUCAACACCCUGAAGGUGACGGCAGGGAUCUCUUUCGCCAUCCCCUCAGACAGGAUCAGCCGCUUCCUCACGGAGUCGCAGGCCAAACACAGCGAAGAGAAGCUCAGACUGCAGAGACGACGUGUGGAGGAUCCACAGUCGGAUGCAGAGUUAUCACAAGACAACAGAUAUUACAUAGGCAUCAGGAUGAUGACGGUCACCAGAGCUCUCACAGCAGAGCUGAAACUUCAGCAGCCAGACUUUCCUGAUGUGAGCAGUGGAGUUCUGGUGCAGCGGGUCGUACCGAACACACCAGCAGAGAGAGGAGGCAUCAGAGCCGGUGACGUUAUCCUGAAGUUGAACGGAACGCCGGUCCUCACCAUUUCAGACGUCUACGACGCGCUGCAGAGCCAGCGGCCACUUCUCCUCGAGAUCCGCCGAGGAAACGAUGACUUGCUGUUUCACAUCCACCCUCAGCAGCUGCCGCCCUGA